AAUAUUUACAACUGAUAGUGUACAAGCACUAUACUUCCUUGGUGCGCAAUAGUGAAAACCUGUAUUAACGUUUCCCUGUAUCCGAGUGAAAAUGGAUAAAACCAAACAACAGGAUGUAACAGAAAGAAGUGACAAUUGUGUGACUAUUCUUCAGUUACUGUUGUUAGUACUCAAUAUUUUGUUGAUAGUUGCAAUUUUUGCAGUUUCGGUUUCAUGGACUGCAUUAAGAAACGGGCCAAUAAAGGAUAUGAUACCUGCCCCUAAUGUUGACCGUUCAUUGUGUGUUAAAACAGACCAAACAAAACAAUGCGAUAGAAUAAAGCCAGAAAAAUAUAUUGCAGACGAAAUUGAUAAGAACAUGAGAAAACUUCAAAUGCAAUAUAUGGCAGAAAAACUUAAUUAUGCUAACGUUGUUUGUCGGAAAACUGCGCCAUCUGUAUACUUAUUCCGCGGCAUAAAUAAAAGUGCUGAACCUAGUGGCAGUAUCAGAUGGAAUCAAAACACAGAAAUCAAUAAAACAGGAAAUAGUUCGCUAAGUUAUGAUCCUACAAAUGGUACAUUUACAAUAAUGAAAGACAGGAUGUAUUUUAUUUAUAGCCAGAUCACAGAAAUGGCUGAAAAUCGAAUGCACAAUGGCACAGCACUUCAAAUUUUUCUCCUAGGGAGUAAUGGAAAAUCGCAGCCAAUACUUGAAAGCGAUUCUGCCCAAUGUAUAAUGAUAAGUGCCGCUGGAAAGCGAGCUCAUUAUGUAGGGUCUGCAUAUUCUUUGAAAGAAGGGGAUGUUUUAUAUGCGGUUCAUUCACAUCCACAACAUAUCGUAAAUAGUCAUGACACGUUCAUGGGUAUAAGGGAAUUGUGGUGAAGCAUAUAACCAUUGAGUUUGGUGCUGAUUCCCAUGAGGAGCGUCCCCCGUUCUUUUAUUCCACCAAUCAGAACUUAUUUAGGCGCUUCAUAUAGAUAAACGGUCGGGUAGAAGGCGGAAGUAUGACGUUAGUCGAGUCAUCUAUCUUAAUCAACCUGAUCAAUUGAUCCAAUGAAUGCUGGUUCUUUUCCAUCUAAUAUAUUUCCAUGAUCAUAUCGAUGGUGUGAUUUGUAGAUAUCAUGUAUAUGUUUGCAAUAUUUGAAGGAUUCAUAUUUGAUAACAAAAUCGAUUUGACAAUUCACAAUGCACUAGCUUAUUAUUAUUGUCACAGUUGUUUUAACGCUAUUUGAUUUUUUCGGCUUCAAAUAAUAUGUUCUGUUUGCGGUAUAGACAGUAUUUGCUCGUGCUUAUACACUUCGUUAUUUGUAGUUCUUCACAGUUCAUUAUUGUGAUGAAUCUAAAAGGAAAAAGUCACAUUCAUUAUAAAAUAUGGAGGAGAAAUUCUGGUUUUCCAUUGGACAAGAAGAUUUUAGCAGAUGCAGUUGUCUCUCGUUAUUUCAAAAUAAUUUAUCUCAAAAUUCCUCUUCAUUAUUUGUGUCAGUCCGCUAAUAUUGAGAUAACGAGUGUCAACAUAAUGUAAUGAUACCCGUGGUGCUCUCUGAACAUUUUAAUUAUAACUCAUCAAAGGUUAAAAGCCUAAUCGAAGUCUAAGGUUUAAUAUAUUAUUAUCAUGUGAUAUUAUUGUGUAUAAUGUGUUGUUGUCGUGUAGAAUUGUGCAGACAUGAUCUAAUCUUCUAAAUUUCAUGUUGUUCACUAGGGAAUGAAGGUAGCUUCCUCUUUAAACCGUAUUUAUAUGUUAAGUAUUUCAAUCCUGUUAAAAGAGAAAAUUCUCUUAUAAAAAUUUGAAAACAAUUCAACUGUCAUUUCUAUAAGUCAAGCACCUGCAUGUAAUUGUCCACAUUUCGAAUAGAUCCACCGUCGAAAGAUCCUUUACAUCUUCAUGGUGACGGUGAUUUGUGUCUAUUUCUUCGUUUCCAAUACAUCACUAAAUUUGUUUUUAAAUGUCAGAAGUCAAGAGCGAAUAAUUGUAUUACCUUAUUGGGAGGAAAGCACAUGCAUUUGUAAAUUAUAAGCACACAUUUAGAAAACCUCAUGCAUGAACUAAUAUUGGUCUGUUUCAUAUGAUCUCACACAAAUUCAUACUUUCGCAUCAAAGCUGAGUGUUUUUUUAUUAGGGAACGAAAAAGAAUUUGGUGUCAAACCUUAUUCGGAAAAAUUAAGAAGUCUUAUGUUUUGCGAUGGAAAACCUUAAUAUCAUUUUUGUAAUAAUUUGAAAAAACAAUUAUCACCACAUUAUUAUGUACUGUAUAAGCUGUGAGAUUUUCAAUAGAAAUCCACUGGUUGAGUAGAAGUUGUAGAUAGGCCACUGGAGGUUGGACGGCAGGACACUCCCUUUCAAUAUAUUAUAUAGUUGUGGAUGGGUGCGUCGUACGGACAUCACAUAUCAUUACUUACCCACUAGAUAUCUAUGGUUUGUAUACAAAAUGAAAUUGAUAUGUAAAUUAUACAUGUACCUGGUUUUAUGUGUUGUACUCUUAGAUAGUAAACAUUUAUUUUUCAG